CCAGUCUUCCAGGACACAAUCAAGGGCCAAAAGCCACCACAGGCCCCAACACAGCCCAUACCCAAGCCCCCCCAGAUCCAGUCACCACUGCCCGUCCACAAGCCACACCAACCCGCCUCACCCCAUUCAUCGACGGGACGACCUCGCCGGCGAGAGAGAGAGAGAGAGAGUGACAGAUGGAGGCGGCGGCAGCGGCGGCCGGCGUGGAGCUCGGCUCCUCGAAGCCCCAGAUCGCGACGCAGGCGGAGAUGGCGGAGGCCCGGGUGCCCCUCGCCUACCGCGACCAGUGCGCGCACCUCCUCAUCCCGCUCAACAAGUGCCGCGUCGCCGAGUUCUACCUCCCCUGGAAGUGCGAACCCGAGCGCCACGCCUACGAGAAGUGCCAGUACGAGCUCGUCAUGGAGCGGAUGCUCCAGAUGCAGAAGAUCCGCGAGGCGCAGGAGACCAAGGUCAAGGGCGGCGCCUCCAUUGGCCUCAUCCCGGCCACCGCCAAGCUCUCCUGAUCCGGCCCCGGCCCGAUCCGCUUGAUUUAGGUCUGCCGGCUAUCGUGCAGAGGCAUUGUGCUGUGCAAGGAUCCUGAAUGUUUGUUGUGUGAACAAACAUGUGUUUGAAUUUGGCAUAAAGUUAACUGUUGUCUUCUUCCCUUCCCCCUCUCUCCCUGAUGGGCAUCUUCAAGUUUCAAUUUGAUGAUGGAAUAAGGAAACAUUCUUGUCCUAUAACCGAAGACUGAAUAGCGCCUUCAAGUUUUGAAUACAAUCCUUGGUGUAGACUGACUCACCUCUGUUUGGUUGUUUGGUUGGGUUACUGCGUAGUAAAACCAACUACUGUGGCAUGGUAAUUGCAGCAGUUUGUGCCUGGCAUGCCGUCGUUGUGCGGUACUGUUGUGUUAGUGCAUCGAUAUGCAUGCGUC